AUGGCUGUGGAAUCCGAGAGGUCGCCUUACCCUGAUGGCACAGGUGGUGGACCCAAAGCUGCCCAAGAUGAUGAGUCUCCAUCUCUUACCCGAAGAUCCGCUAGUGAGAGCGACAUGAAGGAAGUGCCACGUUCGACCGUCAAAUCCCAGGGCCACGCACCCUUCGUUUCGCAGUUGCCCAAACCUUCGAAUCCUUCACAAGGCGUCUCGGGUCCUCCUUCGACCACGAACUCCACCAUAUCCUCGCGUGAGCAGUCUCCUUCCCCCCAGCGCCCUCGCAACUCAACCCCUACAUCGACGUCUCGCGUAUCCUCUCGGUCUCGGAAACGGAAUCUUGAUCGCAGUCCAAACAGAUCAGCUACAGCAAGUCCGAGCCCUGGCCCGGGCAAGCCCUCUCCCCAGACCAACAAACCACUUGUCCUCAGCCCUCCCCCAAAUGUCGAACCGUCCUCCGAUGUACCUAGCCCGGAAAAAUCCAAUAUGCCGUUGUGGGCCGGAAAUCGGCGGUCGGAGCAAGAACCCCAUCUACCCAAUACCUCUAGCAAGCGGUCUCCAGGUCCGAAUGACGAGUAUACCUCCAAGUCAGAUAGGAGCGCGCCGCGCGCCGUGAAUAGAAGCGUCAACGGAUCUGGAUCUGCCCUUGAGACUGUGCAGGAGGCUAGCGACCACUCCACCCCGUCAACAACCGAUACUAUACUUCUCCAACCUCCUCAGGAAGAUGCCAAGUUAGAGAAGAUUGAAGAAGAUGGGACCCCAAAAACCUCGAGGCUUAAUACUGAAAGUGGGAGCGACAGCGGUGGUAAUAGAAGCUCGGAGCAGAUGGAAGAAAAUCGCCGGCGUCCGUCACUCGCUACAAAGGGACCUAACGCCAUCAUACCCAAACGUUCUACUACAUCGCUAAGCGGUAGCUCUCGCGCAAAACCCACCGAUGGAUCUGUCCGAAAUAUGAUUGUGGAAACCGAAACUGUUAGCUCCAUUCCCCAGGUUGGUUUGGGUGUCGGAACUGGCGAACGGGGUGGCCCCGGUAGGGCAGAUUCCGGGACAUUGCGGAUGAAGCCCAGUACCGAGACUAUCCGUCCAAAGAAGGAAAAGAGAAGAGCUCGCAAACCGGCUCCGCUCACAAGUGGCGCUGCUUCUUCGAAGGCCGAUAUAUUUGAAGCCAAAGUUGCCAGCGCCGUUGAUGAAGCUGACGUUUCAGACUCGGACGAGACUUUUGUUUACGAAUCCAAUCCCCCAGAUCAGUACCCAGCUCGACAGAGCAGAUAUCAUUCCCGUACCCCAAGUGCGACGUCUAUGGUGAGCCAAGUGGAUCAACUGGGCGGCCGUAGUCGUGCUGCAAUGCGAGAAGGGAAUCAGAGCGUUACGGGAAAACGCAGUAUGAAAUUUACGAAUAACACUUAUGCGAGCAGCGUGGACGGGGACGCCGACGAAAUUCCCCGAUCACACCCCAGGAUUGAUGGCAACGGUAGCCAUACUCCUCGCCACCAUGUCGGCCGCCAUGGACGACAAACCAUGUAUCCCUCUUUAUUUGAUAAUGACUCGCCAUUUCCUCAGGCUCAAGGUCCAGCGCACAAGUCUCCACGUCACUUUCUCGGAGGCGGUUUUCGACAGUCCAGACAACCAGGAUAUCGCAACCCCCAAAACUAUCGCACCAUCAAUAGUUAUAAGAAAGCUAGCGAACUUUACGGCUAUGACUUCGAUGCCGAAGGUGCAGACGAUGAAAGGACUCCUCUUGUAGGGUCUCCGCGCCAGACACGCAGCCGUGGUGGAAGACGCCCUAAUAGCGCAAGUUUACGACAAAUGGAAUACAUGCAACAACGGCAUCGUAGCUGUCUAUCUCAAUACGGAACUUGCGUGCUGAUUAGCCUCCUGUUUUUCUUGCUAGUCGGAGGAGGCACUUCGUUCAUUGUCGCCAUUACUAAACCCCUUGUGGACGUCCAAGUCGUGGAAAUUCAGAACGUGCUUGCUUCGGAGCAAGAACUUAUGCUAGAUCUCAACGUGCAAGCGGUCAACCCUAAUCUGUUUCCCGUUGUUGUUGACGACAUUGAUGUGAACAUUUUUGCCAAAAGUCGUUAUGUUGGGACUGAGAGGUUUUGGCGCGAUUAUGAAUCCGACGUUGCGAGAUUUGGGCGAGCGGGACGCAGAAAGCGUGCUGGUGUCGCACGUGCCGCUCGCUGCGCCGGCGAAGUCGAUUGCAAACACGACAGCUCGUUGGGCCAGUUGACAUUCCCUCGGGGUGGUGUGGAUAAAGGUACUGAUCCAAUCCCGGAUGACCCAGCUGGCGACCAACAAACUAUGCUCAUUGGUCGCGUUUUCCGUCUCGACUCUACUUUGACGUUUGAAGCAUCGCCGUGGAAUCACGAAUACUCUACUUCAAAAGGCCAGAUCCGCCUCGCGCGGCCCGGGAAUACGACGGAAAAAGGUGGCACCGAGCGAUGGGAACGCGUGUUACAGCACCCAUUCGAGCUGAUUGUUGCAGGGGUUAUCCAAUAUCAACUACCCCUCAGCUCUCGCUUCCACUCAUCGUCUAUCAGCUCCAGCAUCAAAGUGACUCCUGAUAGUGAUGACAACGGUGACCCUGAGCACACUCCAGAGAAAAACGAUACUGUCAGCAUUUCUAUGCCUAAACUUCACCGUCGAACCCCUUCUGGCGUGGCCGUUCCCGAGGGCGAGACCCUCAAGGCCUUACGAUCACUGAUCGCGAUGACCAGACGAGCCUUUGUGGCCUGA